CAUCCCUACCCCAUACCAUUCCAACCAUAAUAAAUUCUCUCAUUUUCACACACACAAACAUACAUACACACACACAUUUUCUCUACGUAAAAUUAUCAACAAUUUCCUAUGGAGUUUUUUCAAGCAUCUUCACCAUAUUAUCAUGCUAAUAAUCAACGAUUUACGUCCGAAAAAACCGACCAUUUCAUCGUUGAUGACCUUCUAGAUAUCCCCACCGACGACUUAGCGACGGAGGAUUCCUCUGCCGCUGUUGACAGCUGCAACUCUUCCUCACAGUGUGGCACCGGAGAACCUAGCCUCGCCGGAGAUGAUGGUUGCCGGAGUUUUGUUGACAAUCAGUUCUCUAACCUAUGCACUCCGUACGAUGAUUUGGCUGAAUUCGAGUGGUUAUCGAAUUUUGUUGAAGAAUCUUACUCCAAUGAGGAUGUGCAAAAGCAUCAGUUACUAUCCGGAGUCGAAGCCCGACCCGAACAACCCGAAAUGUACCCGUGUAAAUCUCGGUCGUCUAUCAACCGAACCAACAACUCGUUAUUCAACUAUGACAUGACCAUCCCGGGUAAGGCCCGGACCAAACGUUCGCGUGUCACAUCUCACAAUUGGGCGUCUCGGCUUCCGGUUAUGGGAUCAACAAAUUCUAGACCGGAUAUAGCCUCGAAUAAUUCAACUGAACCGAAGAAAAUAAACAUUCAGUCAAAGAAUGAAGAAGGGCGAAAGUGUCUUCAUUGCGCCACUAACAAGACACCUCAAUGGCGAACUGGACCCAUGGGCCCACGAACGCUGUGUAAUGCUUGUGGGGUGCGAUACAAGUCGGGCCGGCUCGUGCCUGAGUAUAGACCAGCUGCAAGCCCCACAUUUGUUCUUGCCAAACACUCCAAUUCACAUCGAAAGGUGCUUGAGUUACGAAGGCAGAAAAUGCAAAAAACAAUGCACCAUCAACAACCAUUUGUGAAUCAUCAAGAUGUUAUGUUACAAAUGCCCAAUGCCAAUAAUUACUAUUUCAUCCCUCACCCUUGAUGAGUGAGUUCCACUAUAGAUAGGUUUAAACUUUAAAGUUCAAAUAAAGAUGAAAAUUUUAGUACUUAAUUUCUUGUAGUUUUUUUUAUGUUCUUGCUUUUAUUUUAUGGUAUUUUUCAUGAUAAUUAAACGAAACUUAAUAUAUAAAUAAUUAAUUUAACGCA